UUCUUCUUUCUUUUUUUUUUAUACAAGAUACUUCUAUUCCUUGAGUAGUCAAUGGCUUCUUUGGAGACUUUGCUCUAACCUUGGUUAGUUUUGGGAGAAAAUAGUGUUCAAAUAAGUUAAGUACUUUGUUAGAAAAAGUGUUAUAUUUUUCAUUCAUGCCAUGAGCACUGUAAACAUCACUCUAGUGUAUGUCUCUGAAGAGUGACCAAAAAUAAUCAAUUUUUGGUUUAUUGAUUACCCUCUUGAGCUCAGAUUUAACAGAUUUUAUACUCUUUUCAGUAUUAACAUUUAACGGAAGAAACUGCACGUCAUGGUCUGAGAGGCCAUUGACUAUUAAAUUUGAAAUAUAAUUUACCAUCGUACUUUUCUAUAUGGAUAUUAUCAAUGGCUGUUUGUGCGCAAUUGGUUACCCUAGUUGGGAACUUUACAGUGGGAAUUAAGUUGAAUGAUAGUGUUACUAAAUCAAAUAAGUUCAUAAUGGGAGAGUCGUUAAGUAAAUAUACAUUGAAGUCAUCAGCAACCACUAUUUCUUUGUUUUUGGUUGUUAAAUGGGCCUGUAUAGCUUCAAGGUGGUUUAUGAACAGAUUCAAGUUACCUGGAGAUGCUCGCUAUACACUUAAUAUUGUGAGGGGAUAAAUGUCUACAAUUAUUUUAGACAUUCAUUUACAGUGUAAUAGCUGUUGUUUAGUAAGUAUUUUGUAAGUCUCUGGGUAAACGUGUAGAGACCAUUAGGUUCGUUCGAUCAACACUGUAUGACACGCGAACAUGGCAUCCAUCGUCGCACAACGUGGCUGUGCACGAUGACAAUACAGAUGAUGAAUGAUAUUCUUAUAAAGAAAGGGGAGAAAAGGGCAGUACUUUUCUACAUAAAUAUGGAAAUUAAAGGAUGGGAAGAAAUCAGUCGAAUAAUAUUUUCAAAUUCUCUGGCAACUUGUGUUUGUAUGGGACAGACAAUCUCAUGCUCGUAUUUUUGAAUGUUAAUGCGGGUAAAAUGCAAAGCAAUUUAUCAAAAAUUCCAACUCUCAUUCGAAAUAUUAAAAAAAUAUUUUGUUGAUGCAGAAGUUUAUGAGACACUGUGAAAAACUUUACUCUUAUUACCUUUCAAUCCUACUGUUCUUUUUAUGACUUUUUUUUUUUACGUCUCACGAGUUCGCAAUUAAUGACCUCUUGAAAAUCAAUAUCGACAAAUGGUGCUUGGAAAAAAAAAAUUGACUGUCAUCUUUCGUAAGCGAACUCCAUUUUAACGACGUGACAUGACAAACUAUUUUGUCAUCAUAAAGCAAAUCAUCCAUGCCCCGAAGCUAGCUCGCUGCGCUUUAGAAGCAUGUCUCUGUCAUGCGAACGCCAACAAAUGUUUAAAAAAUAAGUUCUAGUAAUUGGAAUUACAAUCUCUGUAUACUUAUUCACACACAAUUUCAUUAAUUUUGAUCCAUGAACCCCCAAUAUAAUAGUUUGUCAAAACGGCAAGGUAUGAAGUAGUGACUAGGCACGCAGUCUGAUUCGUUUACGGGGAGUGCAAUCACGCCAGAUCCAGACGAUUUCGAACACAAACGACAGUUGUGCAGUACUUACGGGGGUUGGUAACUGCUUCAGUUUCGUUCAAAUGGAAAACUGUCACGUGUCAUUAAAGGGACAAAAUAACACCCGGAAAUGGUUUAUGUACACUUUUCUUUCCUCUGAAAAUACAAAUAGAAUCGAUUGAGCGUAAUAAUCAAAACCAUAUGCGCGUUUAAAACGGCACAGUUUAUAUUUAGUUAUUUCCAUCUGCAUCUGUCGGAAGGGAAACAUUCUACUUUCAACCUUGUCGUACAAGUGCUUUAUCAUUGUAGUUGUCAGUAAUGCUAUACAUUCGUGAUUACUUUAUCAGUUGCUUUUCCCACCAGCGUGUGUUCGAAUGCGAGUCGACGGAAAUAUCUUUACCGCCAACAAAAUCCUUUGGUAUCUUCAAAAGGCCGGAGUGAAAAAAAGUGACGGUGACAGUAAACCGUAAGGAGUAAGAAUCGUAUUGUGACCGUUUUUGAAGAGUAAAAAAAGUCGGGAGACAGUGUAAUUUAUGCAAAAGGACAGAAGAUGAUCUCCUUUAGUGAAAUAUUUCUUCGCGUUAUCGUAAGCGUUAGUGUGGUGUUAAUUUCUAGAUUUACAGUGACGUUCGCGGCGAGCAGUUUAAAACCUGUAGAUUACACCGGUGACACAUUCUCUGAUGUUCAGAAAACAAAUCAUUUCGUCAUGUUUUAUGCACCAUGGUGCGGACACUGCAAAAACUUGGCCCCCACAUGGGACCAAUUGGCCGAAAAGUAUCACAAGGAUGACAACAGUGGUUUGACGAUAGGAAAAGUUGACUGCGUAAAGGAAACUGCGUUGUGUUCAGAACAGGAUGUAACAGGUUAUCCCACUUUGAAAUUUUUCAAGGCGGGUGAAAAUGAAGGCGUGAAGUAUAGAGGAACAAGAAGUUUGAAAGCUUUUUCGACUUUCAUAGAGGAGCAAUUAGGUAUCACAGUCCAGGACAGUGAAACUCAACCUAAGGUACCUGAACCAGUUAGUGGGCUUGUAGAACUAACGGAAGACACAUUUGAAGACCAUGUGGCGAAGGGUAGACAUUUUGUCAAAUUUUAUGCACCUUGGUGUGGCCAUUGCCAAAAAUUAGCUCCGACGUGGGAGGAACUUGCCAAGUCUCUGGAACAUGACACAUCUGUUGUAAUUUCGAAAAUUGACUGUACAGCCCAUAGAUCUGUGUGCAAUGAUUUUGAGAUCAAAGGGUAUCCAACCUUACUAUGGAUUGAGGAUGGAAAGAAGGUGGAUAAAUAUCAGGGACCGAGAACGAUUGAGGAACUGAAGGCAUUUGUUUCAAAGAUGGUUGGCUCAGAUGCUUCCCAAGCAACAAGGAGUUCUGAUGUACAAGACUCUUCUCCAGUGGUAUCCUUCUCAGGAGAAAAUUUUGAACAUGGUAUCGCUCGUGGACUAACAUUUGUAAAAUUUUUUGCCCCAUGGUGUGGUCACUGCAAAAGAUUGGCUCCUACAUGGGAGGAGCUGGGCAAGAAAUUUGCAUCUAACUCACUAGUCAAGAUUGUGAAAGUGGAUUGUACUUCAAAUUCUAAUAAGGAUUUAUGUAAUGAUGAAGAGGUGGAUGGUUUUCCUAGCCUCUUUCUGUACAAAGAUGGGAAACGGAUAGCAGAAUACAAUGGUUCACGUACUCUGGAUGACUUAUAUGAGUUUGUUUCUAAACACAUGCCACAUGAUGAGCUGUGAAAUAAGACUGAUGCAUUAGACUAGAUAUGUUAAAGAAGUACCAAGCUGUACAUUUGAUAUUGAGAGUGGUAUCAACAUUAAUCUUAUUUUUCUAGAAUACAUGUCAGUUCUGAAUUUUA